AUGGCCCCCGCGCUGUGCGAGGAUCAGUUUCGAUGCAGCAUCUGUCUGGACCUCUUCAAAAACCCUGUCUCUAUCCCAUGUGGCCAUAAUUUCUGCCUGGGAUGCAUCAAACCCUUCUGGGAUUCGAGACCUAAGACGGAGUGUCCGCUCUGCAGAGAGACUUUCAGAAAACGCCCAGAUCUCAGGAUCAACGUCGUGUUAAAAGAGAUCACUGAAGGAUUCAAAAGAUCUCUGAAGGGCAAGCCAAUUUACAAGGUACAUCCAAGAAAGAAAGCUCCCCCUAAGCAAUCCUCCAUCACUGAUGAAGUCCCCUGCGACAUCUGCCUCGAUAGCCAAAUAAUGGGUGUCAAGUCGUGCCUUGUCUGCAGGAAGUCUUACUGUGAAGUUCACCUGACACCUCAUCUGAGGGAUCAAGUGUUGACCAAGCACACGCUGACUGAUACCGCCACCUUUGUCAACAGUCACCUCUGCAAACAACACAACAUGCUCCUGGAGAAGUUUUGUGAGAGCGAUCAUGUACCUGUUUGUUUGAAAUGCACAGAGAAGGAACACAAACACCACAAGAUUGUUCCUAUGGACACGGAAUCCAAGAAGAUCAGGUCUCAUAUGAGAAAGCUCAACGCAGAGUUUGAACAGGCAAUCCACACCAUGCUCAGCAAGUGUGAUGAGAUCAAGGCUUCAGUGGACUUGGGCAAAGUAAAUAAAGACAGAGAGAUAGAGAAAAGUGUUCAGGUUGCCACAAUGGUGAUAAGCUCCAUAGAGACAAACCAGGCGUUGCUCAUUAAGCACAUGGAGGAGAAGCAACAAGCCUCUGAGAGGUCAGCGGAGGGGCUUCUCAAAGAGAUUGAGUGGGAGAUCAACGAGCUGCAGAUUAAACGCACUGAGCUGCAGCAACUGGAGCACACUGCGGAACCCCUUCAUCUCAUACAGAGUUUCUCGUCUCUGAGUGCUCCAACGGGAAUGAGGGACUGGUCGAAGGUCUCAAUGCUCUCAGAAGACUACCUUGGGAUGGUUAGGACAGCUUUCUCCAACUUGGUGAAAGCCUGCAAUGAAAUGGAAAAGAAACUAUCAGCAGAUGAAGCCAUCCAACUGAAUCUAUAUGCAGUGGAUGUGACUCUGGAUCCUGCGACCGCUUCAGGCUGGCUCAUUCUGUCCCCGGAUGGAAAAAGGGUAAGCCUAAGUUGCCAGAAACUCUGUCGCCCAGUGGAUCCCCUCAGGUUUGACUCCUGUGUCUCUGUUCUCGGGAAACAAAGCUUCACCUCUGGAAGAAGCUACUGGGUAAUCCAGGUUAGUGACAAAAGCGAUUGGGAUCUCGGAGUGGCGAGGGAGUCUAUUAACAGGAAGGGGGCCAUCACGGUGCGUCCUGACAGCGGAUACUGGGCGAUCUGCCGAAGAAAAGGCAGCAGUCUGAGUGCCUGCGCUGGUCCCUCCAUCUCCCUCAAUCUCCAGGCCAUCCCAAAUAAAGUGGGCGUGUUCCUGGAUUACGGGGCGGGGUCUGUGUCCUUCUACGACGCCGAGGCAAAGACCCAUAUCUACACUUACAGCGGGUGUUCCUUCACUGAGCCUCUGUAUCCGUACUUAAACCCAUGUCUCCAUGACAACGGCAAAAACACAGCGCCGCUGGUUAUCUGUCCGGUUGAGCUCGGGUCUCCUGGCGAGGCUAUGUCGUUUUAAAGUGGAGACUUCAAAAUAA